AUGGAAUUUAGGAGUACAGGACCCCCGCCAUUUGAAGGAACCACCAAUCCAGAUGAGGUAGACCAGUGGGUAGCAAAGAUGGAGAAAGCUUUUGUCGUAAUGAACUGUACUCCAGAAGAGAAGCUCAGGUUCGGUAUAUACAUGAUUCAAGGACCUACAAACGAUUGGUAUAAUGGGGAAAUUAGGAUCAGACAAGGAAAAGAGUUUGAAUCAUGGGCAGAACUAAGGAAGGCACUCUUUGGGAAGUACUUUACCAGGGACAAGCAGAGGCAACUAGAGCGACAAUUCAUCCGUUUGACACAGGGGAAUAGGUCAGUAGAUGAGUACGAAGUGGAGUUUGAUCGACUAUCCAAGUAUGCUUCCAAGCUAGUGGAAGAUGAUCAGAGUCGGGCGAAUCGAUUCGAGGAAGGGUUACACCCUCAUAUUCGCAGGGGACUAGCACUUCUGCAUUUGAGUACUUAUGCUGAAGUGGUGGGAUGCGCUAAGUCCCUAGAUUCUGUUUGGAAGGAUACUCAGGAACAAAAGAAAAGCUUCCAAAAGAAGAGAGGCAGGAAUUUUGACAACCAAAGUACCCGACCUACUGGAGCGGGAGACAGGAACAACUCCGGCAAUAGAGUUCAAGCUGAGUCACAAACAAUCAAUGGACCACCGGCACAACGACCUCGCAAGUUGGCCCCUAUCCUCCUCCCCGGACUAACCAGCCAAGUUGUGCUACUUGUGGUGGAGCUCACAGGACUACAGAUUGCAUACGGGCUUCCGGAGCUUGUUAUAGAGUUCCAGGGUGGUACCAGACGUAAAACCCCGAGCUCCUUCAGCAACAGUGCAGGUGAAAAAGUCGUUAGUGGACAACCAUCUUCCUCAACCUAUCAGAAGACGGGCAGACCUAAGACUCAAGGGCGAGUCUAUGCAUUGACUCAAGAGGAUGCUCAUGCCUCUAAUGCUGUGGUGUCAGGUACUUUACCAGUAUAUUCUGCUUAUGCAUGUGUUUUGUUCGAUUCUAGAGCUACGCAUUCCUUUAUUUCUUCUGCAUUUGUUCGGAAGCAUGCUUUGCCUGCUGUUGUGUUGGAUUAUGAUUUGAGUGUUGCUACACCUGUUGGUGAUGCCUUAGUAAUCAGCACAGUUUGUGUAAAUUGUCCUGUGGUAAUAGAUAAUCAUGUGUUGCUAGCUGAUCUCCAUGUCAUGAGCAUGAAGUACUUUGAUGUUAUUUUGGGGAUGGACUAG